UUGUUCAGAAUCAUUUGGAUGACAUGGACAUUAAACGUGGAGUGAACUGGAGCUGUGUUCGCUAUAUGCUUGGAGAAGUACAGUAUGGUGGCCGUGUAACUGAUGACCUUGACAAAGCACUGCUGAAUACCUAUGCAAGAGUCUGGUUUGGAGAGCAUAUGUUUAGUGAAAAUUUUUGUUUCUACAAAGAUUAUGUUAUUCCAAAAGGGAAAACAGUUGAAGACUAUCUCCAGUACAUUGAGCAAUUGCCAGUGAUUGAUACACCUGAGGUAUUUGGACUUCACCCUAAUGCAGAUAUAACUUACCAGACUAACCUGGCUAAUGAGACAUUAAGUAUGAUAGUGAGCAUCCAGCCCAAAGACAGCAGCGCAGGAGAAGGUGAAACCCGAGAAGCAGUGGUGCAGCGUCUUGCUGAUGAGAUGCUAGAGAAGUUACCUCCAGAUUAUAACCCUCAUGAGGUAAAAGCCCAGCUUCAAAAGAUGGGAGCUUUUCAACCCAUAAACAUAUUUCUCCAUCAAGAAAUUGACUGCAUGCAACAUGUUAUAUCAAGAGUUCGAGCUACACUGACUGAUCUCAAAUUGGCUAUUGAUGGAACCAUAAUUAUGUCAGAAGAAUUGCAAGAUGCUUUAGAUAAUAUAUAUGAUGCUAGAAUUCCAAAACUAUGGUUUAGGAUUUCUUGGGAGUCAACUACUUUAGGAUUUUGGUUUACCGAGCUUCUUGAAAGAAACCAGCAGUUCAGCAGUUGGCUGCAGGAUGGCCGACCAAAUCAGUUCUGGAUGACAGGCUUCUUUAAUCCACAGGGAUUCUUAACUGCUAUGAGGCAAGAGACAACUCGCAUGAAUUUAGCAAAAGGAUGGGCGCUCGACAGCGUUGUUUUACACAAUGAAGUGACCAAGAUGAUGAAAGAAGAUGUUGCUGGCCCUCCUCCUACUGACAUUGGUGGGGUUUACAUAUACGGCCUUUUCCUUGAAGGGGCAGGUUGGGACCGCAAAAACAGUAAGCUGGUCGAGUCAGCACCAAAGGUGCUGUUCACAAGUCUUCCUGUAGUCCAUGUGUAUGCUGUUAGCACAACAGCACUACAUGACCCGAAGAAGCAACAAGGAAGUGUGUACUCCUGCCCUGUCUACAAAAAGCCUCGGAGAACAGAUCUGACAUACAUUUUCUCUUUGUAUCUGAAAACAGUGAAGAAUCCCGAUCAUUGGACUUUACGGGGAGUUGCACUGCUCUGCAAUUCAAAAUAAGGACCAACAGAUAGCUAUAAAGAAAGAACAACCUAGGAAGAUUAAUCUGCAGCCAGUAGGACUUCUGUUGUUAUUUGCAAAGUGGUGGCUACCUUCUCAUAAGCAUACGGGAAUUAACAAGUGACAUAUUGAGGUUGUGUUGAUUACACAUAGAUCAGUUUACUCCAUUGGCAGCAAAUGCUAAGUGUAUUUAACCUGGGAAUAUCAGAGGGAAAACAGUUGCAGGUGUAAAAUUUGGCAACUGUUACAAGCUUGCUCAUAAUGAAAAAACUAGGAAAAAAGUGCUUAUCUUAGUGACAGCUGCUCUAACAUUUAUAGUGGUUCUUUUGUAGAUGUUCUCUUUUCUUCUUAAUACAAGACUUCUUCAUAAUAUAAUUCUUUUUAAAUUCAACUUCGUAGUUAAAAACUUAUCAUCCAUAGCAUUACUAAAAUUGUAAUGACAAGUGAAUUAAUCGUAUGGUAAAACUUUAUGUUUAUC